GCUAUCUACAAAACUGGGAGAAUUCUUGAUGAAACCUUGGGAGAAAAAUGACAUGUUCCAGUACAGGAUGAAACAGUAAGUUUUAUUGUCUUCUAUUCUUUACCUGAUCAUCUGGAUAUCUUUAACAGAAAAUAAAUCCAGACAGAGACACAGGAUGGGCUGUACACCUUCCCACAGUGAGAUUGCUAACCAUGUUGCAAAAACCGGAACUAAUCCUUUGAAUAAACCCAAAAGUAUCCUGCCUGUUGAUCCUGGAGACCAAGCAUUCUCAAUUCCAUUGCUGGUCAAAGGCUCCACUUGUUAUGAUAUUGACAAGUUCCCUCAGAGAGGGUCUCCGGGGAAAGAUCACCAGCUGGAAAAGGAGGAGAAAACAUCAGAGCUGAUCAAAAAUGUUAACUUCCAUUUAUCAUCUGAGGAUCUCUCUCUUUGCAAGAUUUAUGAGGAAGAGAAGAAAAUUGAGAGGACAGCCACAGAGGCUGAAAUAGCCAUGUCUGAACUGAUUGAGUCUCAAAAACAUAUAGCAGAAGACAUACAGAUCAAAAAGCAAAGCUCCUGCAAAUCAGAGGCAACAGCUUUCACUUGGGAUGACAAGAAUGAAAGCAAUGCAAAGCAAACCCCAAAGAAAAGGAGGAAGCAAAAAAGCCAUAAACCAGUGAAACAGGGUCAUCUUUGCAAACCCAAAGAAAAAUCCACUCCACCUAUAUGCAAGCCUGAGAAAAAGGUAGAUUUCCCAGAUCAGCUUGUUAAGGCUCAUCAAAAUGCUUAUGCCUACCUAAAUCCCAACCUCUCCAAAUAUGAAGCUAUCCUAUGUAUGGCCAAUCAGGCUACCGAAACUCAGCUGCUUUUACAGCAGCUGGUGAGCUUUCUAGUGUUCCACUUUGAUAAAAUCAACCAGCUCUUGGAAGAAAUUGCCAAUGAUGGGGAAGAGCUCCUCAAAGAGGUGGGAGGAAACCUGGCCUGGCCAGCUGGAAAAGGGGAUCCAAAAGAGCAGCCAGACCUGUUGCAGCAGUUACUGCAGUAUACAGUCAACAAAAUGCAGCUGCUAAAUGGAACAGUGGCUUCCCUUACCUCCAGUGCCCUGCAGGAGACAUGGAGCUACUUACAGUCUGCGGCCAGCAACUUGGAAGAAAAACUGAAAGCAAAACAAGGCUUUGAUGAACGCCUGCUAAAGGCAAUAAAAUUGCUUGAAGCCUCUGCCGUGGUCUCCUCUCAGGCCCAUGAUGAUGAUAGGACUCUGUAUUCAGAAGACAGUGGCAUUGGUGCAGACAAUGAAUCUAUCAAAGAGUUCAAUUCCCUUGAUAAACUUGGAAGGCAAACAAGCUGCGAUUCUUGUGCACAUGAUCAUCCAUCUCAGAAACACACUAGAAUACCAGGAGAACAUCUGUGUAAUGGCACAUUGUUGUCUGUUACAACUAGAUCCCAUGACUGUGCACUUGAAAGGCAUUUUAAGGAUAUAUUUUACCCAUCUGUACACAGCAAAGAAGCAACUUCUUCCCUGGGGGCAACACCAGAAAGUGUUUCUACCAGGCUCCAAUGUUCAAAUGUGACCAAAAGUCCUCCUUUUAAUUCCCUCCAGUCUGAUGCUACCCAGGAAGGUGAAAAUUUCAAAGACUGUGAAUCAAUAGAUUCUCCUUCUGCAAAUGAACAGGAAGAGAGUACACCAGAGGAGGAUGACAGUGAUAAUAUAAGUCUAUCAGAAAUGGGGAAGGAUACCCUGCCUAGAAGGCCAAUGUCUUCACCUGCAGUAACAGAUAAAACAAGGAGGCCAUCCGUCAAAAGGAUAGAAAAUCCAGAGACUGAAGAGAUGAUACUUAAGAUGAAAGAUGCAAUCAGUGAAAAAAUCAAGUUUGUCCCAGCUAAAUGUGGACGAAAGGAGUGGACAGAAGAUGAAGGUGGAAAAGCAGCCCUAACAGCAAGACCCAGUACAGCAAGUGGUAGCCGGAAAACCUCAGUUAAACAAAGAAGGUCCAGGUCAGAGGAAUCCCUCAGGAGCCGUGCAGAAGACCCAACCCUUUUAGAACUUCAAAGGACCCAAAAAGAUCUCAACAAAAGAUUAGAAACAUUUUAUAAGCUUAAUGGGAACAAAGAAACAGAUGGCAAGCAGGAGAUCCUGAAGCCAAGAGCAGCAGCUUACUUGCAGGGCACUGAACAUGCUACACCCAGAUUGUCUACCAACAAACUGAAGGCAUCCCUCUCUAAAAAUUUCAGCAUAUUGCCUAAUCAGGAUAAGGUCCCUUUACGUAAGUCCGAGCAAAACACUGUCAGUCAUCCAGAUGAGAGAAGGGGACGGAAGCCUAUAAAAGCCUCUGUAUCCACACAGGAUUUAUCGUACAGGAAAGAAAAUGAGCCACCUGGGAUAGAGAAAUUGAAUAGUGGUGGCUGUGCCCCUCGGAAAUCUGUCAAGACACUUAUUGAAACUUUUAGUCCUUCCGAAGGCCUUGUGAAACCUACACAUUUAAGAACUUUAGGACCAAUAAAAUGCAUCAGAAAGUUUGGACUUCCAGUGAUUCCUCCCACCAUUCCCCUUCAGAGAGUACUGGCACCUUUAAUUCACAAGCCUCGUGUUUCACCAGUAGGAGACAUAACCCUUCCAAACACAAGUGCAUCCCACUGUAACUUUCCAACUGUCUUUCCACCUGUUGCAGAAUUAAGCAGAACUGACACAAAUGAAGAAACGGAUGAAGACUUGGAGAACCUACCACCACCACCUCCUGAAAUGUUAAUGGACAGUUCUUUUGACUUCUCUGAGUCUGAAGAAAGUACAAUAAUGGAAGGGAACUCUUCAGAGGUUGCCAAAAAGCCUGCUAAAACAGAGCUUCAUGCUACAAAGAGAAUGCACAUUUCUCCAAAGAUAAAAGCCUCUCUACAUUCCAUUGACUUAUUACCAAGUAAAAAUAUCAACAGCCCCAACAUGACUGCCAGUAAAGUACUAAGAAACACUGGGGUGGACUCCCCCAAAUUUAGAAAAUAUUCAUUGGAGCUAAAUCCUACCAACAUGUUCAUCCACAGCCAAGAGGGUAAAUUAGCAUCCCAAAGGGACCAUGAAAUGAAAGAGGCUGCAGAUCUGUAUAAGCAAUCGCAUAAAAUAAUACCUCUUCAAAAUCCCAGUGGAGUUUCAACACAGAACAGAAACUGCUCAGAAAGUAAAGAGCCUGGCACAAAUUUAGCAUCAGUGCAAAACCAAAAUCAAAUUUAUCCUGAUUCACUCGGGAGAAAUGAGAAAAGUCUAGCUUUUGUCAGAAGAAUCUCCCCAACAAGAACACCCCCUUCUUCUCCACCCACCGAGAAACGACUCUCAAGUCCACCUGCAUAUCCCAGACACAUCGUGCAGACUUUUAACCACGUAAAACCAAGCUUUCCUCCUUCUCACAGGCAACCUAGUCCCACAGCUAACCCCAGAGUAUCAAGCCCUCCAAUGCAAAAGAAGCUGCCUUCUUCACCAAACCAACGAAAACUGCCUAGCCCUCCAGUGGGGCGCAAACAAAGCCCACCAGCUCAGCGAAAGUUGUCAAGCCCACCUGCUCAGCGCAGAGAGGCAAGUCCACCUCCAUUCUGCACUACCCCUUCUCCACCAGCCUCUCCAUUGCGGUCCCACAAAGGACGACAAAACAGUUUGGAUUCUGGUGAUGAGCAACAGCUUCCUCCAUCAAAGAUUGCUAGUAAUGCACGUUCAAUAUUUUGCCCAGCAACUCCUUCUUUAUUUGAAGCCAAGCCUCCAUCACCACCUAGCAACUGCACUACAGAGGUCGCAGGCCAGCCUGAAGUUUCAGCUUUUGUCCAGAAAAGCAGUGUGCUGCUCAGGCAGUGUGGGGAUCAGCAGAGGAGGAUGGCUAUGAGUGCUGCCAACCCUCAGCCUUUCAUAAAGAGAAGUUUCUCUGACCGCAGACCAGGAGUUUACCUUCGACUUCCAGCUCCUGUCUCAGCUGGCAGUGAACCUCUACUUAACCAAGCAAGCUGCAGCAUGGAGGAGAGUCCUAGAAAGGAGAGUGAUUCCUGGAACAGUACAUGCUUCUCUGAAUUCAAGGGAUCCAGCAGGUCUGCUUCUCAUCCUGAACUCUACAUUGUGGGCCAGGGGCUCCACAGCGAGUGACAAUACAAUCUGCUUGGAAGAUGGACGGUAUGGCUCAAGGCAGAGGAUCCUCGUGUGAUUAAAUAUCUUAGUCCCAGGCUCCAAAGUAUGGCUUCAGACCAUAUCAAAGAGGAAUAAGUACAAUAUAAUUGCACCUGCAAACCCAAACUGGCCAUGACUUCCUAAUUAAAUAUCAGCAAGGUGCUUGGCAGCUACUUCUCUCUUUCAUGGUGUUUUACAAUUUUACUAAAAUACUUAAAUUUAGUACCAGAAACAAUAAAAUAUUGGAAAGACACAGGUCAGAUUAGUACUAUUUUAGAAAGACAGGGUCCUGCUGCCAAAUCUUUUGUUGCACUAUUUAACUAAAAUGGUCCCAGAGGUGCAGAAAUUAACAUUAGGUGACAUGACAUUUAUUCAAAGCUUCUGUUUUAAAUCAAACCUGACGCCAUUGGAAUCAAUGACAAAACUCCCGCUGACUAAGUGUAGCCAGGACUUUACCCUCUGUGUUCCAUGGGCAUGCAGGGAAUAAAAUCAAGUCCAGUUAAUAAAAAAUAAAGUUGUUGUUUUUUUAAAAUAGAAGAAGAUACAUUCCUCCUGCAGAGAGGUUUUGAUCUUAUUACAUACGUUUAACCAUUGUGUAAUCUCAUCACUUCUAGUUCCCAGAACAAGAACCUUAAUCCUUCUUAGAGAAACAUUGUAAUACCUAAUCAGCCAAGAGCACCUACAUGACUGCACAUUUUACAUAUCCUAUUCUCCCACAGGAAGGUCUGUUCUCCUUUUGAUCCAUGAAUUAAGAUGGAAUUUAUCCCACUUCCACUGAAGAUUCUGGAAGGACCCCUGUUGACUUAAAUGGCAGCUGGAUUGGGCACCGUCAAGCAGCUAGAGGAUAUUGGUAGGCAGCGCCAACAUCUAAGUAUGAGAAUUCCCUUUCUUAGAUCAAGUGAAAUAGCAACUCUUUUUGGAUCCAAGACUCCACGGCUUUCGUCCAAAAUCCUUCACAAUAUGUAUAUUUUUUAAAACAAUUGGGUAUUUUCAGACUAUUGGACCUCUAGGUUUUGACACAAAAGCUCGUUCAUGUUUUGUAACACAUUCUGUAUUUACUCAUCUUUGAUCAAAGGAUUAGGGUCCCCUUUAUAACUAGUAUGCAGCUUUUUAACUAAUACUGGACCUCUUUCCAACUGUGAUUUGGACAAUGUAAUAUCUGGGGGGGAGGAGGGGGAGAGAACCCUGUAAAAUUCUACCCCUUAUUUAUAGAUUUUUCUCUGGCUCUCAACACUAUGGUAUCUGAGCAUUUCACAUACACAAAUGAUUUUUAUCCUCACCCACCAGUUUUACAGAGGAGGAACUGAGGCACAGAGAGAUUAAAUGACUUGUAGAAGAUCACAUAGGAAGUCGGUGGCAAAGCUGAGAAUGGGACCUUGACCUAUUGAGUCCUAAUCAAGUGCCUUAACCACAAGACAUCCUUCCUCUGUCUUCUUUUUAAUACACUGAAACCGUGCCAUUCUCCACCAAUGACAAGGCAAAAGACCUCAAUAAUAGCAUUUAUUCCAUUCAGUUAUUACUAAGUAAUUUCAUUUCCUCUCUCACUUAAGGCCUUAUGUUAAAAUUUCCUGUCAUCGAUAUUCUACAAAUGGCGGGUUUAUCAAAAAGUGUUUACUUAUGUUUUCCAAGGACCAUGUCCUGCCCUGGCCCAAGAUUAAUAGCACUACAAGGAGGAGAAAAGUUGCUGGUAGAUAUAUCCUCUGCAAAAAGAUUUCUGCUGGCAGAGAAUGUCCAGGAAUCCAAUGAUCUGGAAGAGCACUUUGCUAGUCCACUCACCAGGAGCAAUGCAUGUCCUGCUAGAGGCAGUAUAGUGUAUGUGCUAACUGGCUAGGAAGACCAAUAAGGCCUUUUGUCUUGAAAACCACUUACCCUUGAGGAUGUGAUGCAUGUGCUGACAUGUUAACUCAGGGGCUUUCCUAGCACUGUCUUGGACAUUAGGGAGGAAACUCCCUGGCAAAUGAAAACACACACAACUUAUGCAGAAUUUUGGAGCUGGCCUGAAUGUGUUGUCAUGAACUGACUAGUGUGUAUUUAUACUACUGCCCUCUAUUGGAUAGAAUCUGAUGGCUCAAGUGUGUGUCAUAGAACCUAUACUACUUAUAGCUAAGAGAUUAUCUUUUAGCUUACGUAGGGGGGUAAUGAGCAUUUGGAGAAGAAGAGUCUAUGUUCUCAUCAAGGGGUAAGAGGGAAGGUCCUCUCAUGGAUCAGUAACUAAUUAAAAGACCAGAAACAAAGGGUAGGAAUAAACAGUCAGUUUUCACAAUAGAGAGAGGUAAAUAGCGGAGUCCCCAAGGAUCUGUAUUGGGGCCACUGCUGUUCAACAUAUUCAUAAAUGAUCUGGAAAAAAGGGUGAACAAUGAGGUGGUAAAGUUGCAGAUGAUACAAAAUUACUCAAGAUAGUUAAGUCCAAAGCAAAGAAUCACAAAAGGAUCUCACUAAACUGGGUGACUGGACAAAAUGGCAGAUAAAAUUCAGUGUUGAUAAAUGCAAAAUAAUGCACAUUGGAAAACAUAAUCCCAACUAUACAUAUAAAAUGAUGGGGUCAAAAUUAGCUCAAGAUGAUGUUGGAGUCAUUGUGGCUAGUUCUCUGAAAACAUCUGCAGCUGUAGUCAAAAAAGCUAACAAUGUUAGGAACCAUUUGGAAAGGGAUAGGUAAUAUGACAUAAAAUAUGUAAUGCCAAUAUAUAAAUCCAUGGUACGCCCACAUCUUGAAUAUUGCAUGCAGUUCUGGUCACCUCAUCUCAAAUAAAGAUGAAUUAGAAUUGGAAAAAGUACAAAGAAGGGCAAACAUGAUUAGGAGUAUGGAACAGCUUCCAUAUGAGGAGAGAUUAAAAAGAAUGGGACUGUUCUUCUAAGAAAAGACAUGACGAAUGGGGAUAUGAUAGAGGUCUAUAAAAUCAUGACUGAUAUGGAGAAAGUGAUAAGGAAAUGUUAUUUAUCUCUUCACAUAAGAUGAGAACCAGGGGUCACCCAAUGAAAUUAAUAGGCAGAAGGUUUUAAACAAACAUAAGGAAGUACUCCUUCACACAACACAGUCAACCUGUGGAACUCACUGGCAGGGGAUGUUGUGAAGGCCAAAAUAUAACUGGGUUAAAAAAAUUAGAUAAGGUCAUGGAAGAUAGGUCCAUCAAUGGCUCUUCAGCCAAGAUGGUCAGGGAAGCAAUCCUAUGCUCUGGGUGUCCCUAAGCCACUGACUGCCAGAAGUUGGGACUGGACAAUUCGAUAAUUGCCCUGUCUGUUCACUCCAGCUGAAGCAUCACUCCCUCUGGCACCAUCCACAGUUGGAAGACAGGAUACUGGGCGACACGGACCAUUGAUCUGACCCAGUAUGGCCAUUCUAAUGUUCUUAGUCUUGUUGCUGCAUGAGGUUCUGAGUGGCCAUGACGUGCAGUGUAGUAACAGUGUUGACAGCCUACCUGGCUAUUGUUUUGCACAUAAAUCCAACAUUCCUGGCACCAAAGAGUUUUAUAACAUUGUAUUAGCUUUUGUAAGAUUUUUUUACUGCUGUAAAGUAACCCAGAGUUUAUAUGUAUAUAGGUGUGAAUAUACGCUCUCUCUCUCUGUAUAUAUGUGUAUACUAAGAGUGUAAAUAUUUAUUCAAAAUGGUUUUUGCUGAUU